AUGACGCAGUCAUGCCUCUUUCUCCCCCUGCCUGCUUCUCGCCCCCGUCAAGCCCCCAACACCGUAUCCCUUGGCUCUUGUGGCAUCACUCAGUCCUCAUCCUCUCCCUCCCCCCUCCCUCUGCUGUGGAAUGGUGCCCAUCUGUUUGGUAAGAAGCGC